UUCAAAUAAUUCGAGAUUUAUUAAAAAAAUACCUAGUUAAACUUCGUAAAAAGGGUGCAGUAUAUUUUUUUUCAUUAAAAGAAAAUAUUAAAAAUUAGUAAUGUCUGAAGUUGCUAAUAAUCCAGUGGCGGAAAAUAAGCCGGAAGAGGCUCAGCCAGUGGACAACACAGCAAGUGAAGAAAAAAUUGAAAACACUGGAAAUUCUGGAGAAAAUUGUGCUAACGCCCAAGAGAAUUCUGCUUCUGAAAAACCUCCAGCAACAUCCGAAGACACAAAGAAAGAAAAUGAAAACUCGGCCUCGACAAACAAGUCGGAGGCUACAGCUAAAUAUAGUGUACAUAAGACAAAUUUUGAAAAGGAUAUAAUUUAUUUGUACCAGUUUUCGAGAACUCCACUUUUACCAUCAUUAUCUCCAUAUUGCCUUAAAGUGGAAACUUGGCUGCGCCUAGCCGGAUUGAAAUAUGAGAAUGUUGAUCACAAGAUGCGUUUCCGGUCCAAAAAAGGCCAAUUACCAUUUAUUGAGCUCAAUGGAGAAGAAAUUGCUGAUUCUGCUAUCAUUAUUAAAGAACUUUCUGCAAAACAUAAUAAGGACCUUGACGCUGGAUUAACUACAGAACAACGUAAUGUUUCGUAUGCGAUGAUUGCAAUGUUGGAAAAUCAUUUGAUUUGGAUCUUAUUUUACUGGCGUGCCAAAUAUCCCGACAAUGUACUCAAAGGAUACAAAGUUAAUUUGCAGCAUGCCUUAGGUUUGCGAUUACCAAACUCAAUUUUAAAUUUCUUCUUUAAAAUAACAUUCGGAAGAAAGUGGUUCCAGGGUACAAAAAAACUUAAGGCUCAUGGGAUUGGUGUACACAGUGCAGAGGAGAUUGAGGAGUUUGGCAAAAACGAUUUGAAGGUUCUUAGUGAAAUGCUGGAUUGCAAGCCAUUCUUCUUUGGAGAUGAACCUACGACAUUGGAUGUUGUCGCAUUUGCAGUUUUAUCACAAUUGCACUUUUUAUCGAAGGAUGUUCCGUAUACUCUAAGGGACUUUAUGACUGAAAAGUGUCCUAAUUUGGUUGGACAUGUAUCUCGAAUGAAAGACAGGUGUUUCCCCGACUGGGAUGAAAUAUGUACGAAACUGGAUCUUAACGCCCAUAUUCAAAAACCAGAGCCCGAAAACAAGGAAGGAAAAGAAGGAGAUUUGGAAAAAUCAAAAGAACAGGAAAACGAAACCGACAAAAAUGAUAAGGAAUUGGAGAAAGAUAAGACAAAUGAAAAGGAGAUAUCUGAAGAAAAUAAGGACAAAGAUGAAUCAAAGUGAACAUAAAAUUAAACUUAUGACUUCUGUAAAGAACAGCAUUUAUUAUACAUUUACCUAUUGCAUUAAAUAAUUGGAACAUUAUAUAUACAAAUAUAAAUGUAUAUAUAUAUAUACCCUAUAUAUAUAUUAUAAUAUAUAUAUAUAUAUUAAAUUAGCCUAAAAUUAUAAAAUAUACACAUAAGAAACAUAAUUAGUAAAAAGAAAACUUCUGACGAUUGAAGAUGAUUCAUAAUUUAUCGAUUUCGUUAAAAUUAUAUGUUAUCAAUAAUUAUCACAAAUUACGAGAUUAUUCAAAUGAAUGUAUUUAUUUCAUAAAAAUAAACAUAAUCGUGUGCAAAUAUUAAAUUUAAUUUUUUGUUUAACGUUAAGAUAUAUUAUUAUACAAUAUUAAUUUUAACAAAAAUCUUUUUUUAUUAUUUUCGAUGUUUGUGUCUUUUUAAAUAUAAUUAUUUAAGUAUUAAUAUACAUAAACAUUAUAAAUUUCACCUGUAAUUUUUAAAUUUCAUUCCGCACGAACAACAUAUAUUAAAAUGCUCAAACUGCUACAUUCAUUAUAAAACAUACAAAUAAUUAAGAUAUUUGCAGAUAUUAUACAUAUAUGUAUCACACUAGAUCGUUAAUAAGUUUUCAUACAUAAAUAGAAAUAAAAGUACACCGACAAACAUACAUAUAUUUCAUCAUCACAUUACGGACAUGUAGAUUUAUACAAGUUUGUUUAUGAAUUAAAAGAGAAAAAAGAAAAAGUUAAGUUGUAAGAUUUUUUAUUAUAAAUAUUUGUAUUGUAGUUCAGUGUUUUAUAUAAAAAAAAAACAUAAAAAAUAUACCUUAUAUAUAAUGAUAAAUACAAACAGCUUUCUAAUAAAUAUAUUAAA